AUGAAGCUCCCAGUCGUACAGUUCACUAUAGACAAAAUAGCUGUUAUCAAAGAAAAGCUUAAAGCUGCUCAAGACAGACAAAAGUCCUAUGCGGACAAACGCCGUAAGCCUCUAGAGUUCGAGGUAGGCGAUAAAGUUCUAUUGAAAGUUUCCCCAUGGAAAGGUACUGCCCGGUUCGGCAAGAGAGGCAAGUUGGCGCCUCGGUACAUUGGACCUUAUAAGAUCAUUAAACGUGUGGGACCAGUAGCGUACAAACUGGAACUACGGUUAGAACUUGGCAAUGUUCAUGACACAUUUCACGUGUCCAAUCUUAAAAAGUGCAUGGCUGACGACCCGACCGUCAUUCCCGUUAAGGAUGUUCAUAUAGACGAAGGGCUCGAGUUCACUGAAGAGCCCAUUGAGAUCAUUGAUAGGGAUGCUAAACAGACUAGACAGAGCAGAGUACCAUUAGUUCAUGUACGUUGGAGUGCUAGACAUGGGUAUAAUGAUACCUGGGAACACGAGGACUUCAUUAAGAAGUAG